AUGACCACUACUUGGACAUAUAAGUCAAUUUGUUCAUUUUCUUAUUCAAAUCGUUUAACAACAUCACCAGAAAGUCCAGCUGAUGAUAAAUUUAAUGUUUUACCAGAUGGUCCUGGUUCAUCAUCAUCAUCAUCCUCAACAUCAAUACCAUCUGUUCUUUUACCAUUAUAUUGUUCACAAUGUCAACAACCUAUAUUUGCAUAA